UACCUUUGGAGGGUAUCACCUCGGAGGGGACAUGAGAAAACCUUCUGGGGAUCUGAAAAUAUGAUGGCUCCAUGGCUAUAAGCAGAUGGAAAAAUUCGGCAGGCUAUACUCUUAAGAGAUGUGUGCCUAACUGUACCCUAGUUCAAAGGGAGAAAUCUUUAACAAUUUUAAAACCGAAUAGUGGUUCUGCAAAUGCAGCUUCAAGAUAAAUCCUGUGGUUGUCCCCACCUUACCCUAGCUCACCACCCUCCAGCCCCUCCUGUGUGAAAUUCCAAAGCCUUCCCUGGUAAAGAACUUUGGAAGUUGCUACAUUCCUUGAUACCAGAGCACGUUUGUUUGGGGUUACAUAAAUCUGAUCUGUGAGGGCUGCCUCAGGUGGAGAUGAGAUAGAAGACACCCCUCUGCAGUGAGAGGAGACCUCAUCAUACAUGAGUAUGUGACAACAUCUCUGAGGAGGGGAACCAUAACAUUUAUCUUCCAAACCAGGACACUUUUGAGAGCAAAAGGGAGAUCCAUGAACAUUUUCACCAGGACAUCAGGCAUAAACCAGAAUGUCGCAGGCAAAGGGGAAGAUCACGGAACUUCUUGAUAUAAAACCUGCCAGAUGACCAGGGAAGUCCACAUACUGGGACAAAUGCCUCAGCCUUUCCUGCCUUCGACUGAAACAGCAGCAUCUUCUAAGCCCUGGGGGCUUCCCCGGCCCAGCCAGGGCCUAGAACCCGCCCGCCGCCUGCCACGCUGCCACUGCAGCUUCCUCUAUAAAGGGACCCAGGCGUCCGGGCCAGGGGCCCCACAGAGCAGAUUCUCCCCAUGACACCACCUGGACGGCUCUACCUCCUGAGGGUGUGCAGCGCCCCCCUCCUCCUCCUUCUGGGGCUGCUGCUGGCCCUGCCGCCUGAGGCUCAGGGGCUUCCUGGUGUUGACAUCUCACCCUCAGCUGCCCGGACUGCCUAUCAGCACCCUCAGAAGCACUUCGCACAAGGCACCCUCAAACCUGCUGCUCAUCUUAUUGGAGACCCCAGCACCCAGAAUUCACUGCGCUGGAGAGCAAACACGGAUCGUGCCUUCCUCCGCCAUGGCUUCUCUUUGAGCAACAAUUCCCUCCUGGUCCCCACCAGUGGCCUCUACUUUGUCUACUCUCAGGUGGUCUUCUCCGGGGAAGGCUGCUUCCCCAAGGCCACCCCAACCCCUCUCUACCUGGCCCAUGAGGUCCAGCUCUUCUCCUCCCAGUACCCUUUCCACGUGCCUCUCCUCAGUGCUCAGAAGUCCGUGUGCCCAGGGCCACAGGGACCUUGGGUGCGUUCUGUGUACCAGGGAGCUGUGUUUCUGCUCACACAGGGAGAUCAGCUAUCCACUCACACAGAUGGCAUCUCCCACCUACUCCUCAGCCCCAGUAGUGUCUUCUUUGGAGCCUUUGCUCUGUAGAAAACUCCAGAAGGAAAACUAAUUGGUUGCAAGACCUUCUUCCAUUUUGCCUCCAUUCUGACCACUUCAAGGGUCACCACACCCCUUUCCACCAUUCCACUUGUCUCGAGUCUCCCCUGCUCAUGUUACCUGGAGCUUCCAAAGAAGGAAUUCUAGGCAGCCCAGAGGACCAUACCCCCCUGAACUACCCCAAUGAAAGGCUGAGAAUUUCAAGUCUGCCUAGAAAUUCCCACCCAGAGCUCUUCAUCUGUCCUGUCCAUCUAAGGAAGGCCUGGCCUACCCAUGGAAGGGGCAGACACAUGGAGGAGCUUGAGUGGAUGACAGGAGGCAGGGGAGGGGGAAUUAUUUAUGAAGGGAAAAAAUUAAAUUAUUUAUUUAUGGA